AUGGCCGAGAGCAGAAAUCCCGUCAUCGGCCUGCUAGGUGGUGGGCAGCUUGGUCGUAUGCUAUGUGAGGCGGCCAACCCUCUCGGUGUCGACAUCGCCAUCCUCGACGCCGAGAAUGCUCCCGCCAAGCAGGCUCACAACACGUAUCGCCAUGUUACCGGCUCGUUCAAGGACCCCGAGCGUAUCCGUGAGCUUGCGAUAAAGUCAGACUUUCUCUCUGUGGAAAUUGAGCAUGUCGAGACCGAGGUUCUCGAGGAUAUCGACAAGAACGGCGUCACUCUCCCUGAUGGCUCUCUUCAUCGGCCACCUAUUCACCCUUCCUGGCGUACCAUCCGCCUGAUACAGGACAAGUAUCUCCAGAAGGAGCAUUACCGCAACAGCGAUAAGAAGAUUCCGAUCGCGGAUCAAGUGGCCAUUGACGGCGGCGCUGCGGCACUGGCUUCACUGAAGGAUGCUGCCGCACGGUUUGGCUUCCCUUUCAUGGUGAAGGCGAGGAAGGGUAGCUAUGACGGCCGCGGGAACUAUCGCGUCAAUAGCGAGGCUGAUUUUGAGGCGGCAAUCAACGCCCUCAAGGGCCUGAGCCUGUAUGCUGAGAAGUGGGCUCCUUUUAUCAAGGAGAUCGCCGUCAUGGUUAUCAGGACCGAGGACGACAGGGGCAACCUCAAAGCCUGUGUGCCGUAUCCUGCUGUUGAGACCAUCCACGAAGACAGUAUUUGCACCAAGGUCUUCAUGCCUCCGAGGGAUAUAUCGGAGGAGGUUUGCGAAAACGCAAGGAAACUUGCCACCGAGGUCGUCAGCACCCUUUGGGGCAGAGGAGUGUUUGCUGUCGAGAUGUUCGUUCUUGAGGAUGGCUCUCUCAUGGUCAACGAGGUGGCACCUCGCCCUCAUAAUUCUGGCCACUACACCAUUGAAGCAGUCCCGCAGAUGUCCCAAUACAAGGCUCAGAUUCACGCCGUGUUGGACCUGCCAGUCCCCAAGCAACUAAGUCCUAGGGCCAGGUCGGCCAUCAUGCUCAAUAUCCUUGGCGGCGCAACCCCGUCAUCCCACCUAGGGCUGGCCAAUCUUGCGCGAACUACCUUCGACGAUGACAUGGAUGUUCACCUACACCUUUAUAACAAGGAAUCCAAGCCCGGCCGCAAGAUCGGUCACAUCACCCUGACUUCCAACACCCUCAGCAUCCAUGACCUUGAGGCAAAAGCCAAAUCCUUCAUCGAUCUUGUCGACCAGAUCCGCCGUGACCGUCUCGCAGCCACGACAGAAACCCUUCGUCCCACACAAGAGCCUGCUAAACCACAAGCGGCCCAACCAGUUCCGUCCGAAAAACCACUGGUGCUCGUCACAAUGGGUUCUGACUCAGACCUACCCGUGCUCAAAGCCGGGUUGGAUAUUCUCCGGCAAUUUGGUGUACCUUACGCCCUGGAUAUCACGUCUGCGCAUCGCACCCCGCGCUACAUGAUGAAGGUUGCCGACGAGGCUGCAGCACGCGGUAUCAAGGUCAUCAUCGCUGCCGCAGGCGGCGCCGCUCACCUGCCAGGCAUGAUGUCGUCGGAGACUCCUCUGCCCGUGAUUGGUGUGCCAGUUAAGGCAACGCAUCUGGACGGUAUCGAUAGUCUGCUAAGCAUUGUACAGAUGCCGCGUGGAAUUCCAACCGCCACUGUUGGCAUCAAUAAUUCGACUAACGCUGCUCUGCUGGCCAUCCGCAUUCUCGGCACUUCUAUUCCAGAAUUCUUCACCAAGAUGAAGAAGUAUCAAGAAAAAAUGGAAGAAGAAGUCCUGACCAAAGGUAGCAAGCUGCGAGAGAUCGGCGACGUUGCCUAUCUUGCCAACAUGGCUGCUAAGAAAUGA